AUGUACCACCAGGUACUCGUGCACCCGGAUGACCGAGACUACCAACGCAUCGUCUUCCGGGAGGAACCAGAUCAACCGAUCAAGCACUACCGUCUCUGCACAGUGACGUACGACACUAAGACCGCACCGUACCUGGCAAUCGAGUCAAUGCGGGCGGCGGCCAAGGCUUACGACGACGUCUACCCACAGGCAGUAGAACGAAUCAAACGGGAUUUCUACGUAGAUGAUUUCCUGUCCGGAGCCGACGACACGAACGAAGCGACGUGUCUGAAGCAGCAAGUGGUAGAAAUCCUCUCGUCGGCGGGGUUUGAACUCCGCAAGUGGACCUCAAACAACCAAGAACUCCUCCAAGAGCAGCUUACCGACAAGUCCGCUCCAGUCCUGAUGAAGUUUUCCGAGCAAGGAGAAGCAGUGAAGGCGCUUGGCAUCCAGUGGUUCCCAACGGAGGACGUGUACGGAUUCAAGGUCAACCUCCCCGACAUUUCGUUCAUCUUCACCAAACGCCAGAUGAUAUCGGAUUCAUCUAAACAGUUCGACCCGUUUGGCUGGUUGGCACCUGUGCUGGUGAAGAUCAAGAUCCUGUACCAGCAACUCUGGCUGUUCGACGUCAACUGGGACGACUCACUGCCGCCGGCGGUGAAGGCGGAGUGGCAGGAAGUGCGGAGUACUCUGCACUUACUCGAGAACAUGCGGAUCCCACGAUACCUCUCCCCCUUUCGUGGUCGAAUCCAACUGCACGGAUUUUCGGACGCUUCCGAGCAGGCGUACGCAGCCGUCGUCUACGCCAGGUCGGUUGACGCCAAUGGCAACAUCUCGGUGGUUCUAAUUGCCGCCAAAUCUCGAGUCGCACCGAUCAAGCAAGUGUCGCUGCCAAGACUGGAACUUUGCGGUGCGUGGCUGCUUGCACUACUGAUGGAGCGCAUAACAGAAGCCUUGUCGCACCUCGCAAUCGAGCACUGGGCCUGGACGCAUUCGACCAUCGUGUUCAACUAG